GUUCGCGUCUGUGUCAGUUGGAACGAGAUGUGAAAGAUUCAUUUAAAGUUGCUCAAGAUGGCACCCGGAAUUUGUAAAUUAAAAGAUCCACUUGGACUUCUAUUGUUGUUAUCGAUCGUACUCUUGGUAGAUCUUUGCCGUUCGGAUGAUUCAAAAGUACGAUGCAGUGCAGCGGUCGACGACGCUCUGGUCACGAUUUGCAUAAAUGGUUUCAAUACCAAGAAUUUGGGUGGACCUCUGCGGCGUCGUAGACAAGCAGGCUUAUUUCUGCCACCACAUAUUCUGCCUAACCAGUUCGUGCAGCUUGAUGCAAUAAUGCAUGCGAGAGGCAAACGCAAGCUAAGUUUGAAAAAGAUGCUAAAAAAGGAAUCUCGUUGGCGGCGAAGACAUCAAAUUACUGGUAAACGCAUGCGUCGCAAUUUGACCGUUAGAACGGGCGUUGCGGACGAGUGUUGUAAAAAUGGCUGUACAUAUACGCAAAUUGGGUUCUAUUGCAAAAGACUUGCGGAAGGGAGAAAUUGAGUGUAGUUGUCAACAUGAAAAACUGUUCGAAAAAUUGUCUGGAAUACGUAAACAUAUUUUUUUCAUCAUUUCUAAAAGUAAAAUGCAAAUAGUAAAAAAAUAAUAAUAUAGCUAUAUAAUAGUUUACUUAAGGAUCACGUCUCUUGUUUAA